AUGGCAAACUCCCUAAACCCGGUCGGGUCGGCAUCUCACAUGUCUUCGUCGGCCCUUUUGCCAGCACACCAUGAUGCCGAAGCCCGUCCGCGCAACCGGCGUCUCAUCAGCACCGUCGACGAUUCAUCCUCGACUGGAGGGCCUAUGGAGAGCCUCUCUGCCUCCUUCUCUGCUCUACGUACCCCGUCUAACCGCGCGCCCAGCCCCAUGCCCUCCAGCCAGUUGUCCAGGGACACAUCCACCAAGCCCGCUGCUCGGACUACCUCUGCCAGCAACCGCCGAAAUAAUACUACACCGAACACAGCCAGUUUUCUCGACACGACGUGGUCUCAGGGCUGGGCCUCGAUUCAAGGGCUGGCCUCUUCCAUCUUGUCCGGUGGAAGUGUCCACGAAGCGGGCUACGAGUCAGAUCACCGGGAGGGAAGACGGACUGGCUUUAAUCCCCUUAAGCGAGACUAUUCCACCCCGCCACGGAAGACGCCCAAGGACUGGGGCCCUGCGCCGCCGUCUAGUUCUCGGCCUGGUCACCAGGAUAUAGCGGCAGGUUCUCUUGCGGAACGAAACGCCGCCCUUAAAGCAGCCCGGACGGCGAGCGUCUUGGAAAGUCACGAGGGCGUUAAUGGGGGACUUGAUGUGGCGGGCAAGUACAAGAGGAGGAAUUCGGAUGAGGUUAUCAGGGACACGCCGCAAGAGGAGGAAGUCCAAGACCAACUGGUCUAUAUCCACCAUGUACAACCUACUGACACCUAUGCCGGCAUAGUGCUCAAGUACAGGUGCCGCGAAGACGCAUUCAGGAAGGCCAACGGCCUGUGGUCCAGGGACAUACAGGUGCGAAAAUGGCUAGCCAUACCGGUAGACGCCUGUGAAAUUAAAGGACGCCCAUGCGAGCCACCCUCGAAUGAGGGGCAAGCUGUUGAUUUGCUUGCCCCAACACCGGAGCCCCGAAGUGCUCAUGGGCGGGGUGGACUUACUUCAGCUCAAUCACAGCAAGUCGAUUUCUUCAGCUUGCCGACCACAAACGACUCAACGUCUGAGCUACCCAAAAGCGAGGAGCAGGAAGAGCAGCCAUGGACCCAUGUGCGUUGGGUUACUCUCGACUCGGUCGCAAAACCAGUGGAGAUUGCCCGUGUAUCGAAGAAAACAACAGGGUACUUCCCACCACGACGGAAGAAGAGCCUCCGGAGUACCUCGACCUUGUCGACACCGAGACACUCUCUUGAUACUGCAGCGAUAGUAGCUGGGUUCACGGAAAGCCCCGAACAAGUGGGCAGGUCAUCUUCUCGACGUCAAAGCAACCUCAGCAGCAGGCCGAACCUACCCAGCACUCCAGGGCGGUCUACACCCGCGUCAUCAAGGAGCAGGAUGAACAGCGAUGCGGGGGACACGCGGCCGGCAUGGAUGAGGAGACCUGGCGGCGUUGGUUCCCUGGGGCGAAGCGUGCGUGCGCCUGGCCCAGAAAGGGAUUACUUGAACUCGUGGGCGAAGAAACAUCUUCCUGGAAUCGCCAUCGACGAAUCGCUGCCGUCUAUUUCCGUCAUGGGAUCCGAAACUGCCAAUUUUGGCUUUAGGCCAGGGUCCAGCGGCGGAAUUGUGGAAAGCCCUUUCGACGAGGGACAGGAUCUUUUGGCGACAUCCCGGCAAAGUUCGGGUCUCGAUCGUGCCGCGGCGACGGUAGAAACGUGGUUGCGCGGCGCCUUCGCCAAAGCCCCUGGUACACCGACUCUGGGGACUCGGAGCCGUCACCCGGACGAUCUCGAUCUCAUCGAGUUGACGGACACCAACAGCGACGACGGAAGGUUGUCCUUGCCGGUCGGCGGCGGGUUGACUAGCUCGGGCUUCCUUGAGGCUGCCCCGAUGAGUGAUGUCGGCUCCACCGGCAGAAGUGACGGGGACGGAUCGGUUAGAGGCCGGACUUUGGGCCACACCGCAGCGACUGCCAAGGGCAAGAAGUCUGAUUAG